AUGAAGAAAGAGUGGGCAGCAUCUCGUCUUGAUGCGCGCACCGUCACUCUUGUCGACGAAGACCCCGCUAUCUUCAAGAUCUACCUCCACUGGCUGUACUUCAAGACAUUCCCUACUGCCGCUACAAAGAGUACAGGGAGGUUCGACCGUGAGAUCUGCAUGCUUAGCAACAGCCUCGUCAUGGGAGAAAUACUCAUGGAUACAGCCUUCAAGAACGCCGUCUUGAUUGUCUUCCGUGACGCCAUGCUCAACCAGCCUUUCUACAAGCGACUACGUCCAGGCCCCAGUAUAAUCAAGACUAUAUACGAUGGAACUCCGGAGGGGUCCCCUGGCAGGCGUUUCAUGGUUGAUGUGUGGGUUAGAGAAGCGGACGAGAAAUGGGCUAUUCACAUUGACGACAUGCCGCUCGCCUUCACGCUGGACUUGUCAAAAGCGUUUAUGGCAUGUGCGAGGACACCCAAUUCAAAGAUGACCUCGUGGACAACAAGCAUGAAGGACUUCAUGGAGACAUAG